AUGGGCGGGGAGUCGGCCGCGCUGCCAUGGCGGCCCGCGAGGGUGGCCCGCGCCGGGUUCCGGCCGGAGCUCCGAGUCGGGCGUCCUGACGCGGCCGGCCGGCGGGCUUCCCGCGGCCGUGGCCGCCAUGUACCCGCCGCCGCCGCCCGCGCCGCCCCGCGACUUCAUCUCGGUGACGUUGAGCCUCGGCGACCGCUACGACAACAGCAAGGGCUGGCGGCGACGCUCGUGCUGGCGGAAAUGGAAGCAGCUGUCGCGGUUGCAGCGCAACCUGACCCUGUUCCUCGCGGCGAUCCUGGUGGUCUUCGGGCUCCUGGCGUACCUGAACUUGGCCGAGCAGUGGCGAGCCUUGCAGGCCGCCGAGCAGCUGAGACCAGCCCACGCACCUGUGCUGCCGCCCCCCCAGAAGGCCAACGCCGACUUGCCCUCACCCCAGAAGCCCCACCAGGACCCACAUCACCUGCAGAUCGGAGCCCCUGAAGGCGGGCAGGAGCGGGAAGGGGCCCUCGUCAGCGCUGAUGUCCACAGCGUGCCCAGGACAGUCAUCAGCUGGCGGGGCGCAGUCAUUGAACCUGAGCAGGGCACAGAGCUCCCCUCGAGGGCGGCAGGGGCCCCCAGCAAGCCCCCCACGCCACGGCCUGUGGUCCAGGACACAGCACCCAGCGAGCGCCAGAAGGGUGUCAUCGCCGCCUUCCUGCACGCCUGGAAGGGUUACCGCCGCUUCGCCUGGGGCCACGAUGAGCUCAAGCCGGUGUCCAGGUCCUUCAGCGAGUGGUUCGGUCUCGGCCUCACCCUCAUCGACGCCCUGGACACCAUGUGGAUCUUGGGUCUCAAGUCAGAGUUCCAGGAGGCCCGGAACUGGGUGGCAGAGAAGUUGACCUUUGAGAAGGACGUGGAAGUGAACCUGUUUGAGAGCACGAUCCGCAUCCUUGGGGGGCUCCUGAGCGCCUACCACCUGUCGGGGGACCGCAUCUUCCUGAGCAAAGCGGAGGACUUCGGCCAGCGCCUGCUGCCCGCCUUCAGGACGCCCUCCAGGAUCCCCUACUCUGAUGUGAACAUUGGCACUGGGAUGGCCCGCCCCCCCCGCUGGACCUCCGACAGCACGGUGGCCGAGGUGACCAGCAUCCAGCUCGAAUUCCGGGAGCUGUCGCGUCUCACGGGAGUGCAGACAUUCCGGGAGGCGGCUGAAGCGGUGAGCAGGCACAUCCAUUUGCUGGCCGGGAAGAAGGACGGCCUGGUGCCUAUGUUCAUCAACACACACAGCGGCCUCUUUACACACCCCAACGUGUUCACACUGGGUGCCCGGGCCGACAGCUACUACGAGUACCUGCUCAAGCAGUGGAUCCAGGGCGGCAAGAAGGAGACACAGUUGCUGGAGGACUACCUGACGGCCAUCCAGGGCGUGAAGAAGCACCUGCUACGGCGCUCUGAGCCCAGCAAGCUCACCUUUGUGGGGGAGCUGGCCCACGGCCACUUCAGCGCCAAGAUGGACCACCUGGUGUGCUUCCUGCCAGGGACGCUGGCCCUGGGCGUCCACCACGGCCUGCCGGCCGAGCACAUGGAGCUGGCCCUGCUGCUCAUGGAGACGUGCUACCAGAUGAACCGGCAGAUGCAGACCGGGCUGAGCCCCGAGAUCGCACACUUCAACCUCUACCCCAAGGCGGGCUACCAGGACGUGCAGGUCAAGCCAUCAGACAGGCACAACCUGCUGAGGCCAGAAACCGUGGAGAGCCUGUUCUACCUGUACCGCAUCACACGUGACCGCAAGUACCAGGACUGGGGCUGGGAGAUCCUCCAGAGCUUCAACAAGCACACGCGGGUCCCCUCGGGUGGCUAUUCGUCCAUCAACAAUGUGCAGGACGCACAGCGGCCGCAGCCCCGGGACAAGAUGGAGAGUUUCUUCCUGGGCGAGACGCUGAAAUACCUGUACCUGCUGUUCUCCGAGGACGCCGGCCUGCUCAGCCUCGACACCCACGUGUUCAAUACCGAGGCCCACCCUCUGCCAAUCUGGUCCUCUGCCUAGGUGCACUGGCUGGGCCGC